AGUUCUUCGGAUACUGCGGUGAAGGUUAACAGAUUCGUUGCGGUAAGGUGUCUUAUUCGUUGUUAUCGUUCGAUUUCAGUGGUUCGUUUGCCAUCGACAGUCGGUUUGAAAUGUGGAAACGGAUAGUUUUCUGGUGUGUGAUUUUGAUUGGGAGCUGUAACGGCUUUUUGUCGUAUGCAUUUAAUGAGGCAAUGAAAAAUUAUUUGUACCAAAUAAAUGUGGUGGAAUCGAAUCAAUACGGGUCGCAUGGUCAAUAUGGAUAUUCGGAUUUGUUAAAUGGCAAAAGUCCAACACUACAAGAAUACGACUUCAUUAUUGUCGGUUCAGGACCGGCGGGAUGUGUUUUAGCCAAUCGACUGUCCGAACAAUCUCGCUGGAAGGUUUUAUUAUUGGAAGCUGGAGAACCGGAGACGUUCUUGCACAAAAUACCAAUAUUUGCAGCGUUUUUCCAAUCGACAGCGUCGAAUUGGGGUUACAUUGCCGAAAGGAAUGAAGGGUACUGUUGGGGAAUGGAUGAUCAACGGUGUGGUUUUCCGCGAGGAAAGGCAUUGGGUGGAACGAGUGCCAUUAAUUAUAUGAUUUAUAAUCGUGGUAAUAGAAGAGACUUUGAUCGCUGGGCUGAAGCUGGAAAUUACGGAUGGUCGUACGAUGAAGUUCUGCCAUAUUUUUUGAAAUCUGAAGGUGCAAACUUGCGGGGAAAGGAAAAUUCUCCGUACCAUAACCGUACUGGUCCAUUGAGUGUGGAAGAUGUUCCGUACAAGUCUAAACUAGUUCGUGCCUUUGUCAAGGGUAGCAAGGAAAUGGGACACCAAGAAAUCGAUUACAACGGCGCUACACAAGUUGGUGUGUCUUAUUCACAAGCAAACACAUUUCAUGGCAGACGCGAUAGUGCUGCCAGAGCGUUUAUUGAACCGAUCAUGCAUUCCAGAAAAAAUCUGCAUGUCCUAACAAGUGCACGAGUUACUAAGGUUCUGAUAAACCCAAAAACUAAGACUGCCUACGGCGUGGAAUAUGUAAAGAACAAACGGAAAUAUCAGGUCUUUAGCAGAAAAGAAGUGAUUCUUUCGGCGGGUACAUUUAACUCUCCUCAACUUCUGAUGCUCUCCGGUAUAGGUAUCAAAGAACAGCUACAUCGGAUAAACGUUUCCAUUAUUCAGGAAUUGCCUGUUGGUAGGAAUAUGUAUGAUCAUAUGAGCCACUUCGGUCCAACAUUUACGGUCAAUACAACUGGUCAGUCGUUAAAUGCCAAUCAGAUACAAAUUCCACAACUGAAUCAGUUUCUCAAGGGGCACGGCAUUAUGACAACAAUAGGCGGCGUGGAGGCAUUAAAUCUGAUAAAAACGAAAAACUCAAACGAGCCAAUGGACCUACCUGACAUAGAGCUAAUUUUCGUACCUGGAAGUAUAGCAUCGGACCAGGGAUCUGGACUACGAAAGGGCUUAAGACUGACCCAAGCUCUGUACGACCAAGUGUAUAAACCAUUAGAUGGCAUCGAUCAUUGGUCGGUGAUGAUUAUGUUAUUUCAUCCGAAAUCGAAAGGUUAUCUCGAAUUAAAGGACAAUAAUCCGUUCCACUGGCCCAGAUUCUAUCCCAACUAUUUCGAAAAUGAAGAAGAUGUGGAAACGAUACUGGAAGGCAUCAAAGAAACAAUUCGAAUUGCAAAUUCGCCGGCUAUGCAAAAACUGGGCACGAAAAUCUAUGAUGUACCGUUACCAAAUUGUCGCAGUUUGGAAUUUGGAACCGACGAUUACUGGCGAUGUUCGAUUCGAACGUUAUCGUGCACACUGCAUCAUCAAGUCGGCACGUGUAAAAUGGGUCCAGCGAGCGAUUCGUCGGCUGUGGUUGAUCCAGAAUUACGCGUCCAUGGAGUCAAUAGGCUACGAGUGGUUGACACAAGCAUUAUACCGAAUCCUCCUACUUCUCACACUGCAGCCGCAUCAUAUAUGAUUGGUGAAAAAGCGUCGGAUAUGAUAAAAGCCACAUGGGAGACACAGAGAAGCUAAAUAAAUGAUUUUAGGAGUUUUUGAUCGGU